UCCUCGCAGGGGCGCGACGCGACGCGACGCGACACGUCAGGGCGGAAGCCAUGGACAAACCCGCGAAGGCGUCGAGACUUCUGUCGGAGGGUGGGAAGGGGGAGCGGCGUUUAAGCAUGUUCGAGAAAGACAGGCAUGCACAGAUCUUAAAAGGCAGAAUGAGAAAUUCAAGCCAUGAAGUUCACGGUAUGGAACCAAUGGAUGGGGAAUCGUUUGCAGAGUUUGGGAAAAGUGAAAUAUUUACAUUGAAGACUAGCAUGGCAAAAAUAAAAUAUGCCAAUACAUACAAAAUGGAGCCAUAUAGGAAAUUCCAGGCUCAUUUAGUAAGAAACAAAGCUCAACAUAUACUAACGCAGAGACUUCAAAAAACCAAGUAUAAUGGUGCGACUAGUGUCUUCUUGUGUAAUUCAAUCUCCGAAGAAAUAUUAAGAGCUGUCAAGGACAUGGGCUUUGAUCGCUAUAAAUAUGUAGUAACAGUCCUAAUCUUGCAAAAGACUGGUCAGGAAAUAAAAGUGAGUAGACAGAUUAAUUUACUCAUAAUAUUUUCACAAACUGAGUUAGAUGUUUGGGGCCCUAUUGUGCCUCUUGGGCAUACUACCACAUUCAGGGUGGUCCAGAUCUGCAUUGCUUUAGUGUGAGCUACCCCUUGGAGCUCUGAGGUGUAGAAGAAGCUCGGCUGCUCUGUCUCACUUAAAGGACUGCAGCAUGUAUACCUCACCAUGGCUGACUAACACUUCUGGUCAGUGUGAAGAGGACACAAGAGGUUUGCCUGAGUAAGUAUUACAGAUUUAGCCCGAGUGUAUGUUUCAGUAGAUAUUUUAAAAGUGAUAAGGAAAAUCACUGAACAACAUUUUUGGCUACCAGAUUUUCAGAGCUCUUAAAGUAAAUUUUCUCUAAUGGAAAAUAAAAUGCAUUUAAUAAAACAUUCAAACUCCCUUUAAUUUGCAGUUUUAUAUACAUUCUUAUUAUUUUUAAUAAAUUAAUAUAAACUAGCUGCACCUAUAUAAUGCUACAUGUUCAUUGUAAAGUUCUAAUCUGAAAAAAUUUCCUUAAAACAAUUUAUUAGUACUUUGUUCUUUUCUCCCCCAUAGAUGUCCAGCAGAUGGGUCUGGGAUGUUGCAAGGGACAACUGGGUUUCAGCUAAAUGUGAAACAGAAUCCUUUGUUUCAUUGGCUUUGAUAAUGGCUUGUUAUUAUGAGUAGUUGUCUAAAAGCAACCUCUGUUAACGGUCAUCACAAUACUCUGUAUAAUUGUUCAAAAAUCUUCAUAAAGUUACAGUUAUUUUAGAACA